UUACACUCAAAACAGUCAUAUUUGAUUGGCAGCACUUAAAUAAGAACUUUGUAGAAAACAAAAAAAAAAAAUCACAUGUCUGUUUACGAGGCACCUGUGAAAUAGCAUAGAUGUCGGAAACCGGGGAGGAGUGGCAGGUGGCCAGGCGACGAAAAGGCGCAGCGCGGAAAACAAAAUCACUUCAGGUGUCCUCAACAUGCAGCCAGGAGGAGCUGGAUAUCGGGAAAACUGUCAAACGAAUCCGAGACACAGUGUCUGAGCUGAGAUGCGAGGAAUUUUGGCAAGUGUGGAAAGCGGCAGGAUCCGCAGCCCUAUCCAAACCUCCAGAGAACAGGGACACCGAGGGCCCCGCCGACCAGCUGGGGAGCAGCAAAGAUGGCAGACUAUGUCAACAGCUGGAGUGUGUGUGUUAUGGCCUCGGCUCCUUUUCCUCCUGUGUCUCAGCUCGCUUCCAGCUUGCCAUGUUGCUGCUGCUGCUGGAUGCAGGACAGAUCCCACUGAAGGACUGCUCUGUUUAUGAUCCUGCAUUCUCAUCUGGAGAGAGGGCUGUUUUGAGAGAGCUGGGUCUGACUGUACUCACAGAGAAUGAGGAGGGGAAGCGUCUGGCGACUAAGCCCACGCUCUUUUACCUGAUGCAUUGUGGGAAAGCCCUGUACAACAACCUUCUGUGGAAGAACUGGAGUGUGCAAUGUCUUCCUCUGAUGAUACUCAUUGGAAACGGCUUCAAUGGCAUGAUGGACAGAACAGUUGGGAGAGAGUUCCAGCGGGACUACAGCUACAUUGCUCAGGCAGUGUCUGUGUGUGAGGAGAGACGGCUGCCCUGUCCGUCCCGUCUGAUUGACGUCUUCAGUGACACCGCAGUCAUCACCUUUCCCACCGGCAGCCUUAACAGACUCCCACAAUCCACCUGGGCAGAGCCGCCUGAACCACAGUACCAACACUGCUCUGAUCUGGAGAUAAUUCAGAGGGAAACCCAGAGCUGAUACAGGAAAUGGACACUUUUAAUUUUCUAUUGUUUCUAUUUGUAAAAGAUUUUUUUUUAAAUAAAUGAGUCCUGCUUCAAAUUGAGGAUUUAAAAUCUUGCAAUACUCAUGGUAGUUUGUUUUAAGGCCUUAUUUGGAAGCAAAAGGGACCGUUGAGCAUCUAGAACUGGUUCUGCCUGAAGGACCAGUCUUUGUUUGGCCACGCCUCUCAUGCGUUUUGUCCUAAUCACUGGCAGACAUGCUGUUUGAUGAAGAGAGGCAGGGGUUUAAAGAUGUGAUUGGGCCAGCCUAGUGUCAAGAAAAAGACUGAUCGGCUUAUGAGCCGUCAGACAAAAAACAAAAGACCAUUAUUUUGGCCCAAAAGGCACAUUGGCCCACUGAGAAUGUGCCCGGUCUGCCAGCUGGCUAGUGCAGCCCUGUUCCUCAUACUUGCUGGUCAAGCACAUCUCUGGAUAUCCAACACUUUUUCAGUGUUGAAACGUACAUUUCGAAAUACCCUGAACAAAAAGUUCAACUUUAACCUUGUUUUUAUAUGAUGGUUUUCUAAUCUUAGGCAAGGUUGUGACUGUGCAGAAUGAUGUUUUACCAUGGUACACAUCAGUGGCUGUCUGGAAGUAAAGAAAACUGCCUAUGGUAUGUUUUGUAAUGUGAUUGUUAGUAAUGUAUACAAUAUUAGGUGUAGUCAUUUAGAUUUAGAUGAAUCUCCAGUUGAGCUGUUCUGGGCACAUCAAUUGUUUGCAGGUGGUUUGAUAGCAUCUUACCUUAACACAUCAUGUUUACAUGCAACCACACUAUGGGUGCAUGUACCCGAAAAAAGCCACAUCACUGGUAAACCAGAUUAAAAGUUUAUUUUUGAAAAAAACAGCACUCAGCAGUACAACCCUCUCCCAGCAUCAGCAAUAACAUCUACAAAACAAAUACUCAAAACCUCACUCUCUGCUGCUAGCUUCAUAUUCAUUCUAGGAUCCUGGAAGAGUUUUCUAUUACAGCAGUUACUUGGAAAAACUUGACUACAACACUGUUUUCCUGUUUUGAUAUAUUUUCACUCUUCAGCUGUCCCAUUAGCAGUGACUUUAUCUGCUGCUCUGUUCACCGCUGUGUCUUUCCCUCCAUUGGCUUUUGAAACAACAUCUGCCCAGGUUCCUUUGCUCUUAAGGACUGACGGGCUUACAGCGAUGUCACAAGCUCCAUUUAUGUCAUCAUUAACCUCAUCUGACUCAGACUUCAUCGCAGUAACUGUUGCAUCAGAUCCGAUCUCCCCAUUGACUGUGUUGCUGUUUGCGUCAUUUGGUGUGCUGUCCCUGACCUCUGACUCCCCAUUCACUAUCUUGACCUCAGCCUCUGAAGCUGCUCCGUCACUGUCUGCUGCGUCUACAUCUGUUUUCUCCUCAUGCCCGUUCACUUCAGCUGGCUCCACCACAUGACCAUUAACUGAAGCAGUGGCAGCAUUCUUCACCAAGGUCUCUUCCACCAUCUGCUCCUGUUGGCCCUCGCUGGUAUCCUCCACCGCUACGCUUCCUCCAUCCUCUGCUUCCUUCCUGCUUCCUGUUUCUUGAUCUGAGCUUUUCUCUUCUCCAUUCACAGUCUUUGAGGCGACGAGCUCGUCGGUCACUAUGAAUCCCAGUUCUUUUGCCACCGCUGCCUUUAGUUCUUUGUGUUUCUUCCUAUACUCCUGGAGCCCGUCUCUAUGAAAACAAUACAUUCAUGAGUGGCUUCUUACCUAACAGCACACUAUUGAAAUGCACAUACAUGUUGCUGCAGCCAGUUGUGUUUGAAAAGGUGAUUUGAGAUUUUAGUGUACAAUUCUCUAGAGUUUCCAGUUUCUUGUACUAUGUGUUGGGUUUAAAACACAUUUCUUACAUUUUUGUAACAGCAAUAACAGGUGUGAAAUAUUCAAAUGGCCUUUUUAAAGCAUUUUUAAACAUGUAGGUAAAAGUUAUGCCUCGUUUAGUAUUUUAAAGGUUUGAUUUUUAUUCAUAAUUUGCUUUUUUGGGGUAUAGUUUUCAUCAUGGAGAAGGUUAGCAACAAAACAUCCAGAAGAACCAAAAAAGUAUCAAAAAUAAAAGUGCAGAAUGACAACCUUUCAAAGUGUUAUAUCUACUGUAUCAUAAUUGAUUAGCAAUGAUAAAGUCACAUCACAGAUAUAGCAGUAUUUGUUGG